AGGUGUAAGGGUUUCCUGUAGAUGCACGCUGAUCUUCCUCUCUGAGUCUGUUUCUGUCAGAGCGAGGAGCACAGACGAAGCUGAGCGGAACAGGAUGCAGGCUAUCAAAUGUGUGGUCGUGGGAGAUGGAGCUGUGGGUAAAACAUGCCUGCUCAUCAGCUACACAACCAAUGCUUUCCCCGGGGAGUACAUUCCUACUGUAUUCGACAACUACUCAGCAAACGUGAUGGUGGACAGCAAGCCGGUCAACCUGGGCCUGUGGGAUACAGCGGGACAGGAAGACUACGACAGGCUCCGCCCACUGUCCUACCCUCAGACAGAUGUUUUCCUGAUCUGUUUCUCUCUGGUGAGCCCAGCAUCCUAUGAGAACGUCAGAGCUAAGUGGUUCCCUGAGGUUCGUCACCAUUGCCCCUCCACACCUAUCAUCCUGGUGGGCACCAAGCUGGAUCUGAGGGACGAGAAGGAGACCAUCGAGAAGCUGAAGGAGAAGAAGCUGGCACCGAUCACUUACCCUCAGGGCCUGGCUCUGGCCAAAGAGAUAGAUUCAGUGAAGUACCUGGAGUGCUCCGCUUUGACCCAGCGUGGACUGAAGACUGUGUUUGAUGAGGCCAUCCGGGCCGUGCUCUGCCCCCAGCCCACCAAGGUCAAGAAGAAGAUCUGCUCACUGCUGUAAAUGAUUCUGCAAGGACCUGGAAUAAGAGAGAGAGAGAGAGAGAGAGGGAGAGGGAGAGAGAGAUUCAGACUGUUGACCCUGGGUUAAAGAAGACAUUUUGUAAGCUCUGUAAUGUGUCAAAUAGAUAACUAUCAUAACUGAUUAUCCACUUAUUGAAAAAAGAAAGAUUAUGCCAUUGUCCCUUUUACUGUAGCAAAGCUUUCUGUACAGCAUACUCUAAAGCCGAUUACUAAAGCGCACUAUAGAUACAGAACCCGGAGGAAUUUAAGUGUAAAAUAUGAAAGAUUAUCAGAGAACUCACUAAAUGUGGCAAGUGAAUCGUGUACACUGUGUAUUAGCUGAACUGUAAGACCAGUAGCAGAAUGCUUCCUUCGUCUGAUGUACCAAAACUCCCCCGAAAUACAUGCGUCAUUAGUUUAGAUCAUAGUGCCUUAGAAGUGUUUUUCAGGGAGUGAUGAGCAAUGAUAAAAUAUCAAGAUCAAGAAUGUAGAUUUGUAUGGGCAGGGAGCUGAUCAGUGUUUUAUUUGAUAAAGCCUUGUUAGCAUAUGUGUUAUGUAUUCAUGUGAUAUUACAAUAAAAGACAUUUGAUCAAAAGGAA